GGUCAGCGGGCCAGCUCUGAUUUCUGCGGAAUUGAAGUUUCUCUCUGUGGGGCCAGAUCUGAGCAUGUGGGCACUAUAAAACCCCUCCUUUGCCUGGGGAGACCUGGAAGAGAGCAGUCCCUGUUCCAUCCUGUGAGUGCUGAACACGCCAGGGCUCUCCAUCUCCUGCCUCCACUGCCCCAGGUACUGUCCCAGGAGGGGGAUGUGGUGACAUCUGUGGGACCUGCAGGCAGGAAUAACCAUGCCAGCUUUGGAGCUGGGGAGGCAGAGGAGCUGUGCCGCCGUGCUUGGGUCCCUCCUCACUGCUGCUCUCAUUGUCACUGUCCACAGUCGCUGUCCCCCUCCAGCACGAUCUCCAUCAGCAGAGCCCAAGCGGCGGCUGGAGGGCAUCGAGCACUUCCACUAUGGCUACAGGGUUGAGUUUGUCUGCAGGCCAGGCUAUGUGAGAAACGCUCGCGUUUCAAACGUCCUCACCUGCGGAGUGAACGGGCUGUGGCGUGGACCCAGUGACAUCUGCAUACCCAGGGCGUGCAGCUACCCCGGGGAGCUGGCCAAUGGCAGACUGGUCGUGCCUGAAGCGUUCACUUUUGGUUCCAAAGUGACAUUCACCUGCAAUGCUGGGUACAGACUGAUUGGAGACACUGAGACUGAAUGUGUGAUCAGAAAUGAGGUUCUUACCUGGGACAGAGAUUUUCCCACUUGUCAGGCAAUUCCCUGUGCACCCCCUCCAGAAAUAGAGAAUGGGCAGCACAGUGGGAUGGACAAGGACCAUUUUCAGUAUGGGGACUCUGUCACCUACCAGUGCCACAGGCCCAGGAGGGGAGAGAGACCUUUCUCCUUGGUGGGAGAGGCCUCCAUUUUCUGCACAAGCAAGGACAACCUGAACGGUGUGUGGAGCAGCCCAGCUCCAGAAUGCAAAGUGGUGACCUGCAAGCAGCCAAGAGUGGAGAAUGGGAAGCUGCUGAGUGUGUCCCAGCCUGACUACAGCUUUGGGGACACGGUGGCGUUCGACUGCGACCUGCACUACAGCCUGAGCGGCAGCGACACCUCCACCUGCAGGGACAACGGCCUCUGGGAGCCCCCCGUGCCCCUCUGCCAGCGCAGCAGCUGUGAUGACCCCCCAGAUGUGAGGAAUGCUGUGAAAGCCAGGCUGGCUGGCAACCUGUUCCCUGUGGACACCGUGGUCACCUACGAGUGCCAGCAGGGCCACCAGUUCAGUCCAGGGCAAACCACCUGGAACAUCAGCUGCCUGCAGGACUUUGUGUGGAGUGAAGCCCCACCUCCAUGUGAAAGAAUUCCUUGCCCAGAUCCACACAUCCCAAAUGGAAGGCCCUUGCACCCAUGGCAAGUGAAAGAGGUUUAUGAGAGCGGGGACAGGCUGGAGGUGGCAUGCAGUGACGGAUUUGCUUUCAAAGGCCGUGGCAGCAGCAUCACCCUCCUCUGUGGCAGCGAUGGUGAAUGGGAUCCAGCAGUGCCAGAGUGCAUUCCAGAACCACAUUGCCCAAAGCCAGACAUCCCUCAUGGAAAGGAGGUUUAUAAAGGCAGAAGUGACUACUCAGUGGGGACCCAGGUGAGGCUGGCCUGUGAGGAGGGCUUUGUCCUCAGGGGCUCUGAGUCCAUCACCUGUGGGGCUGAUCAGAGCUGGGAGCCCGAGGUGCCCUUCUGUGACAAAGCCUGUGGGCCCCCUCCCCAGAUUGCCUUUGGGCAGCACUCUGGCAGGGGUGGCAGGGAGUUCUCUUAUGGCUCCAAGGUGACCUACAGCUGUGCAGAGGGGCUGUCCCUGGUGGGGGACGAGUCCCUCUACUGCACCUCGGACGAUGGCAAGAGCCUGGCGUGGAGUGGACCUGCCCCGGAGUGCAGGGCGGUUCGGUGCCCCAAGCCCGUGGUGGAGAGGGGAAGGAUGACCCCACAGAUGUUCACCUUUCCCUAUGGGCUGCUCCUGAAUUUCUCCUGCGAGGAAGGCUUCAGGCUGCGUGGUGCUGCCCAGAGCCAGUGCCAGGCUGAUGGCACCUGGCACCCGCCCGUGCCCACCUGCCAGCCAGUUCAGUGCCCCAGGCUCCCCAGGCAGGAUGAUGUGGUGAUUUCCUUCAACAAGAUGUGGUAUGAGGUGAAUGAAACUGUGACCUUCUACUGUGAUAUGCGCUUAGUGGCACCUUCCAAAACCACCUGCUCAGCUGAUGGCACCUGGACACCACCACCCACGUGUAGGAAAAAUGAGGUGUGUGAGAGGGUGCUUCAAACCAAAGCAGCUUUUCAGUGUGGAAUGCCUCUGUCAGAACUGAAAACCUGGCUGGAAGUCCAAAAGCUCUCCCUGGAGAUCCAGAAACUUGAAAAGGAGCUAAGACUCACCACCUACGGCUGACUGGUGGCACUGGGAUCGUAAGAACCAUCCUCUGUGUGUUGGAUCAUGAUGCUGACUGAGGAUUUCUAUGACUUUGAAGUAGCCAGGACAAAAUCUAACAAUUGGCCAUGGAUUUGGUCACAUGAGGAGCCAAUGACUUGUGAGUCAGUGACUUGUGAGUCAAUUUUUAGAGCUCACCAGGUUCAGUUUGUAGAUCACUUUAUGCCUUUCAAAGCUUCACAUUUAGGUCUGUUUGCUACACUGGCAGUGCACAGUUAGGAAGGAAUGGAGUGGAAAGUGAAUUUUGGUGGUAGAAAGAGGCAUGAACGUGGUGAGAGCCACUCACCUCUCCAGUCUAUCCCAGUGCUGCCCAGUUCACACACACUGCACUCAUUAGUGGGAACAACCCCUUCACUGCCUAAUUACUUUUCUCAGCACCACGAAAACCUCAAAGCCUCUGUCCUAGCAAAGCAAAAAUGCCAGGUAUUCUUCCCAAGCAGGAUGGAAGUGUGUGCCCCAAGGACAAAUAACAGUGUACAGAAAGAAAUGAAUGGUUCUGAUUUAUUUUUUCUGCACCAUCCAGUGAAGGGAAAGCACUGUGUGGGCCACGUGUCUUGUGAUGGGAUUAAAAUAAACCUGAAAUUGUAAAAACA